AUGAAGUGGACCUACAGAAGUGGACCUACAGAUGUGGACCUACAGAUGUGGACCUACAGAAGUGGACCUACAGAAGUGGACCUACAGAAGUGGACCUACAGAUGUGGACCUACAGAUGUGGACCUACAGAUGUGGACCUACAGAUGUGGACCUACAGAAGUGGACCUACAGAUGUGGACCUACAGAUGUGGACCUACAGAUGUGGACCUACAGAUGUGGACCUACACAUGUGGACCUACAGAAGUGGACCUACAGAAGUGGACCUACACAUGUGGACCUACAGAAGUGGACCUACAGAAGUGGACCUACAGAAGUGGACCUACAGAUGUGGACCUACAGAAGUGGACCUACAGAUGUGGACCUACAGACGUGGACCUACAGAAGUGGACCUACAGAAGUGGACCUACAGAUGUGGACCUACAGAAGUGGACCUACAGAUGUGGACCUACAGACGUGGACCUACAGAAGUGGACCUACAGAUGUGGACCUACAGAAGUGGACCUACAGAUGUGGACCUACAGAUGUGGACCUACAGAAGUGGACCUACAGAAGUGGACCUACAGAAGUGGACCUACAGAAGUGGACCUACAGAUGUGGACCUACAGAAGUGGACCUACAGAAGUGGACCUACAGAUGUGGACCUACAGACGUGGACCUACAGAAGUGGACCUACAGAAGUGGACCUACAGAAGUGGACCUACAGAUGUGGACCUACAGAAGUGGACCUACAGAAGUGGACCUACAGAAGUGGACCUACAGAUGUGGACCUACAGAUGUGGACCUACAGAAGUGGACCUACAGAAGUGGACCUACAGAAGUGGACCUACACAUGUGGACCUACAGAAGUGGACCUACAGAAGUGGACCUACAGAAGUGGACCUACAGAAGUGGACCUACAGAUGUGGACCUACAGAAGUGGACCUACAGAAGUGGACCUACAGAUGUGGACCUACAGAAGUGGACCUACAGAUGUGGACCUACAGAUGUGGACCUACAGAAGUGGACCUACAGAAGUGGACCUACACAUGUGGACCUACAGAAGUGGACCUAAUGAAGUGGACCUACAGACGUGGACCUACAGACUGA